AUGGAAGCGUGGAUCAAGAUGCGGAGUUCUCAGUCGCUGAUUCUCCAACUAGUGGUAAUCUCGACGCCAAAGGGCGGGCGAGCUUCUGAUAUUGACUUUGCAUCGCUCAUCUGUGGAGCCAAGAUGGCCGAUGUAUGUGAGGACGAGGAGUUGGAUGGCGAACGUGAUGAGGAGGAAGAACUUUGA